CAGGGUAUAUUAUUAGUGUAUGACAUAACAAACAGAUGGUCGUUUGAUGGCAUUGAUAGAUGGAUCAAAGAAAUUGAAGAGCAUGCCCCUGGCGUUCCAAAAAUCUUAAUUGGCAAUCGAUGUCAUCUGGCCUAUAAAAGGGAAGUCAGCGAACUGGUAGCAGAAGAAUAUGCAUUGCGAAAUGAUAUGUCUUUCUUCGAGGUCAGUCCUCUUUGUGAUUUCAACGUCAUUGAGUCACUCACCGAAUUAUCCAGAGUUGCUCUCAAGAGAAACGGGAUGAGUCAAACUUGGGGUCCAAAUAAAGUGAGAAGUUUACAAGAACUGUCAUGUCGAACUAUUGCUAGUUAUACAAGCAUCUACGGGAUCGAUCAACUACCACUUCCUCCAGCACUCAAGUCACACCUCAGGUCCUAUUUCAUG